AUGAAGCUUCUCGGGUGGAUCUCGGUCGCAUUCUUCGCCUCGACAGCUUUAUCACUAGAUACGGCGGCCCCCUCUGUCGAGACCUUGCCAUUUUCGCAGCCCAAUGUUGCAGAGUCUCGAAGGAGAGCAUUCGAGGUGUUACAAAUCUUGAGGAAGCGGGACGACAACUGCCCCUCCGGAUAUGACGCUUGUUCCAAGCUGGGCCAUUCCGAUCUCUGCUGCAAGGACAAUACAAUCUGUACUCGUGAUGAUGCCAACAAUAUUGCGUGUUGCCCGACCGGAGCCAGCUGCACGGGAACGCUUUCUGCAACCGGGACCGGAGUAGUCGUGGUCGGAGAUUCUACCAGCAGCUUCCGAUUCCCUCAGACAGCGAGCGCUACGCAAACUACCGCCGGACCGACCAGUGUCACUCUCACGGGCUCAACGCUUGCAGCCGCCUAUCCGUUCGUCGUCAUUCCGACCUCGUUCGCCAAUGCUCAGGCCUGCACAUCUUAUUAUUCUCUAUGUCAGAGCGAAUAUACCGGCUGUUUAUCACAGCUCGGGGGAGGAUAUGCAGUGACAGUCGCCGUAGAUGGCGGAUCAGGAACGACUCGCGCAGGCGCUUCGGCGGCUAUAUCGACAUGUUCUAGCCUCAGUCUGGAGGCAUGUCACGGUCUGAGUCUUGGAUACUGCACGGCUUAUAGCACCGGAGUCUACGAAAACGGUGCGACAGGACCCAGACGCACUUCCAGCCUCGAGGACAUUUUCUUUGGCAUCUUCAUUGGAGUGGCCGGAAUGUUUAUUUGA